AUGAUUCAUGGUCCGUGCGGAAAUCUGAAUCGUUCAUCACCUUGCAUGGUAGACGGAAAAUGUACAAAGCGUUUUCCUAAAGAUUUUACUAACGAUACGGUCACACAUGUUGACGGAUAUCCAAUAUAUCGUCGAAGAAGUACCGAAAAUGGCGGACAAACUUUCAUUAAAACUAUCAGCUACGCAGACAUCGACAUUGACAAUCGUUGGGUGGUACCAUAUUCACCUCUGCUGAGCAAAACAUUCAAUGCUCAUAUUAAUGCUGAGUCAUGCAGUUCGGUAAAGAGUAUCAAAUAUAUUUGCAAAUAUGUGAAUAAAGGGAGUGAUAUGGCUGUAUUUAGAAUUGAAAAUACUAAUGUACAUUCUCCUCCGUUGAAUCAAAAUGAUGAAAUUACGAAUUACCAAAUUGGCCGGUAUGUCAGUUCCAAUGAAGCUGUCUGGCGUAUUUUCGGUUUCCCAAUUCAUGAACGGGAUCCAGCAGUUAUCUAUUUAGCUGUCCACCUUGAAAACGGCCAGCGCGUAUAUUUCACGAACGAUACAGUGCUUGAUUGUGCUAUAAAUCCACCAAAAACUACGCUGACCGAAUUUUUUGAACUGUGCAAUCGUGCGGAUGCUUUUGGUGCCUUCGCACAAAUAUUUCUCUACUCUGAAGUUCCACGGUAUUUUACAUGGUCUCAAAAAAGGAAAUGGAUACCCCGCAAGCAAGGGACACCAGUUGAUGCGCCUCCAGGUUUAUUUAAAUCAAAUACUUUGGGUUGUGUAUAUACAGUCAAUCCAAGGCAGACUGAGUGCUUUUACCUGCGACUAUUGUUGGUUAAUGUCACCGGGCCAUUGUUAUUUCAAGAUAUACGUAAGGUAGAUGGACAACAGUAUCCUACGUAUAAAGAUGCAUGUCUUGCUCUAGGGUUGCUAGAAGACGACAAUCACUGGGAUACUGUCGCUUGCUGA